AUGUCUGAGCCUCCUGUGAAGAAACAAAAGAUUGAAAGCCCCAACAAUUCUCUUGGAACCUUCUCCAGCCCCUAUUAUCCCCGAUCAUCGACGUUGAAACUCGCCAAACGCUACGACAAUGAUGGCGAUAAGCCGUACUACAUUCUUCAGAAACGGUUGGAUUCCACCGAGUCAUCCAGAAACUCCAUGUUGAACAAGAUAUCUUCAGAUGGGAAACUUGUUGCUCAUAUGUUUCUUCGUGACCUAAGAAUGAAGGAUAAUGUCGCCCUUCAUAAAGCCAGUAUGACGGCCCGCAAGUUAAAAGUUCCAUUGGUGACAUUUUGGGUGAUUUGCUUAGAAUCCUGGAAAACGCAUUCAAUGAGCCCAUUUCAGGCGACUUAUCGUCUUGAAAGUUUGAAGUUGUUACAGAAAAAAUUAAAAAAACAGAAAAUUCCACUAUAUAUAGUGGAGGCUGAGAAAAAGCUGGAGAUCGCCAGUUGUAUUGAAAGUUUCUGCAAACUGAGGAAUAUUGGCGCAGUUUUCACUAAUAUGGAAUAUGAAGUCGAUGAACUUAGGUUAUUGUCCUCGUUAAAUGAUCAGCUUGCAAAGAACAAUAUCGCAUUUAACCUGUACAACGACACAUGCUUGGUGAAACCAGGUACUUUAUCCACAAAGCAAGGCGGACAGUUCAAAGUCUUCAAACCUUGGUUCAAUUGUUGGUUGCAAUAUUUGAAAGACAGAAAUGAGGAAUCCAAAGAGGACGAAUAUCCUUUCUUUGAUUAUGAAUUAGUGGGCGACAUUAAUGAAAAUUUCCAUUAUGACGAAAAUGACAAAGCUUUAACAGUUCCUGGUAUCCCUACAGAAUAUGAGCUAACAGCGUCCCAGAGACAGAACUUUGAUGAUUUAUAUCAUCUUGGUGAAGAAAGUGCCUUGAAAACCGUGAAAUCCUUCCUCAGUUCUCCAAAACUCACAAAAUAUUCCACUGGCCGUGGUGAUUUAUCAAAGCCAUCAACUUCCCGUAUAAGUCACUACCUAGCGAAUGGAAUUAUCUCAUUGAGAACUAUUAUGAGUGAAAUCAUCACUGACAAUUCAAUUGGUGAUAAAUCUUUGAAUUUCAAAGGAAGUACUCUCGAAUAUGUACGCCAAUUAGCCUGGAGAGAUUAUUAUAAGCAUGUCAUUGCUCAUUGGCCAACUAUUUGCAUGUAUCAGUCUUUCACUGGUCCCAUGAGUGAGGAUCUUGAAUGGGAGAAUGACGCUUCACAAUUCGAAAAGUGGUGUGAAGGUAUGACGGGAUAUCCUGUGAUUGACGCUUCAAUAAGAGAGCUUGUUGCCACGGGGUACACCUCGAACCGUAAUCGUAUGAUUGCAGCAUCAUUCUUAGUUAAGCAUCUCCUUAUUGAUUGGAGAUAUGGUGAGAGAUGGUUCAUGGAACACUUGGUCGAUGGAGACUUUGCUUCCAAUAAUGGUGGAUGGGGAUUCAUCAGUAGUUUUGGUGUUAAUUCCCAGCCAUGGUUCCGAAUCAUGAACCCUUGGACUCAAAGUGAGAAAUUCGAUGCCGCAAAGUAUAUUAAAAAAUGGGUGCCUGAAUUGAAAGAUAUUCCUGAUAAUAAAGUUCACAACCCAUAUUCGAAUGGAUUUUCUGCCGAUGCUAGAGCCAAUGGUUAUCCUGAGCCAAUGGUUGAACACAGUAAAUGCCGUGAAAGGGCUUUGGACUGGUACGAUAGAAUGAAGAACUAA